AUGAACAUUUACGAUGAGGUUUUUGACGCGACGAAAGUUACUCAUUCGGUCCUUGGUCGUUUCACAUCGGAGAAGGUCGAUCAAUUGAUUGUCGCAAGAACAAACCUGCUCUCGGUCUACCAAAUCAUUCACGAGAGACUAGUUCUGUGCAACGAAUUUAAAUUAAGUGGACGAAUUACGGGAAUUGCUUUGAUCCCACAGCUUCAAAGCGUGUUGCAAUGUUUGCUCGUCAGCACUGGGAAGGCCAAAAUGUCAGUAGUACGAUUUGACCCACAGAGGCCAAUGCGCUUGGAAAGUCUGGAACUGCAUUACUACGAAGACGAAUUCUCGAAAAAAAGCAUGUUGGAUCUUGCUCAAGAGUCAAAAAUGCGUGUAGACCCCGAAAACCGCUGCGUUUUCUUGUGCAAUAACGACGUAUUGGCGAUCUUACCGCUCAAGGUGAAUGUGGAAGAAGAGGAUGAGGCGUAUGAUGUGUAUCAGCCAAGCACCAAGAAACAAAAGAUAGAAAUUGGAACUCCUGUCAGGUCUCUCUCUGAGCCAAGCAUCAUAAUGCGUAUUUCAGAGCUCAAUCAGCAGAUAAAGAACGUGGUAGAUAUACAGUUUCUGAACUCUUUCAAUAGACCCACUGUGGCCGUGCUGUAUCAACCGCGGCUCGCGUGGUGUGGAAACGAGAAGUCUGUCUCCAAGACUUCGAUGAGACUAAUGGCCAUCACUCUCAAUAACAAAAAGAACACCGCGAUAUAUCAGGUUGAGAGGCUUCCACACGACAUCCACUCAAUCUUACCUCUCAACAAUUCGUGUGUGCUAGUUGGUGUCAACCAAAUCAUAAGUGUGGACAACACAGGUGCAUUGCAAUCCACAAUUCAGAUCAACUCUUUUGCAUCGACGCUCACUAGCGGCAAACAGGUUGAUAAAAAAUCUCUGGAGGUCAUGCUUAACACUCCGGUAAUAUGGACAUCGGCCAUGGUGAGUAAGGACGCCGAAAUUUUGCUGUUAAUGGACCAUAACGCUGAGAUUUAUUCCAUUAUUUUACAGUCAGAAGGGAGAUUGUUACUAGACUUCACAUUGGUCAGGCUACCGGUUUCGGACCAUAUAUUCAAGUCUCAGCAUCUCCCAACUUGCAUUACGCCUUUGAAGGGUGGUCUGAGUCUCAAAGCUUGUCAGCUUUUCAUCGGGUUUUCAUCAGGGGACGCAUUGACUGUCAAGCUUGUUAAUCUACGCUCUGCAUUCGAGUCAAAACAAACGCAUGAAAUCGAAUUGCAGCCCGACGAAGACGAAGAUUAUGCAUCAUUAUACGGUGACGACGAAGGGCCGGCUAGGGCCUCUGUCGACGGUAAGCUGCCGAGCGAUACUUUACAACCAUUUGAAAUGGAAGUUAUAGACCGGCUCAUUAAUGUUGGGCCCAUUACAAGCAUGGCUGUGGGUAAAGCCUCUUCGGUGGAAGGAACAGUUCAAGGUCUUCCCAAUCCCAAUAAAAACGAGCUUGCGAUUGUCACAACAUCAGGUACCGGCAAUACUUCGUCCCUGAAUAUCAUGGAACAUAGCGUCCGUCCUGUCGUUAAGCAAGCACUCAAGUUCACAUCCGUGACUAAAAUUUGGAACCUCAAAGUUCGGAAAAGAGACAAGUACUUGGUUACCACCGAUUCUAGUGCCGAAAAAAGCGAGCUUUACGAGAUUGGGGAGAAAAUAACAUCCAUUAAACCAAAGCAUUUUAAGAGAAACGUCACGACAGUUGAAAUUGUCAUGAUAGGUGGCGGCAAGAGAAUUGUUCACGUCACCACUAAAGCAGUAUUUCUGUUCAAUUUAGGGUUCAAAAAGCUGAUGACCAUCACUUUUGAUUUCGAGGUUGUUCAUGUGUCAAUUCUAGAUCCCUUCAUACUGCUAACAAACUCCAAAGGUGAAAUAAAGAUAUAUGAACUUGACAGCAAACAUAGAAAUAAACUCACGAAAGUCAAGCUUCCAGAGGCCCUCGAAGAAAUGAUUAUCACAUCUGGUGUCAUUUUGAAAAGUAAUAUAUGCAAUGAAUUCUUCACCAAUCUCGUCGGUCUUGAAAAGGAAAAGGAACAGCUACUUUUCACUUUCGUGGCAGCCGAUAAUCAGAUCAUCUUCUUUCCCAAGGACCAUCAUGAUCGAAUCUAUCAAUUAAACGGCGUGGACAAUCUCAACGACAUGCUUUAUUUUAGCACAUACCAGCUCCCUGAAGAAGUUGUUCCAGAUCCUUCCAUCAAGCAAGUUAUGAUCAAUAGGCUGGGUAAAGACAAUAAAGAAGAGUAUCUGACUAUCUUAACUUUUGGUGGUGAAGUGUAUGUUUAUAAAAGAAUUGGGAACAGAUUCUAUAAAUCGAUGCAUUGCAACGACCUCCAGAUUACGGGUGCACCAGGGAAUGCGUAUGCUAAGGGUGUAAGCUCGAUAGAAAGGAUCGCGCAUUAUGUGAAAUACUUCAACGGAUACUCAGUUAUCUUAAUUACCGGUAGUGUGCCAUAUAUGAUAAUCAAAGAGGACAACUCUACUCCCAAGAUUUUUAAGUUUGCCAAUAUCCCACUGGUCUCUUUAACAUCUUGGGGCAGCGAAUCAGUCUUAUGCGUGGACGAUAUCAAAAAUGCCAGAAUCGUCACCUUGGACACUACAUUUUCAUACAGCAAUCGGUUGCCGGUGAAAAAGGUCAAUGUCGAAGAUGCACUGAAGACUUAUGGUAGCUUCAAUAACGUCGCAUAUCAUGAACGCACUGGGAUGUACAUCGUUUCUUACAAUAAAGAAAUUCCAUACGAGGCGGUCAGUGAAGAUGGGCAAAAGAUGGUUGGCUACGACGACGAAGCGGUGCGUGCGCAAGGAUUCCAAUCUGGGGUUCUUCUCUUAAACCCCAGUACAUGGCGCGUUAUUGAUGAGAUUAACUUUGAAAAGAACUCGCUCAUCAAUGACAUGAAAACAAUGUUAAUUCAAACAAACUCGCGAACAAGAAGGAAACGAGAGUAUUUGGUGGUGGGAAACACUUUUUUGAGGGACGAAGACUAUGGGACCAUGGGUUCAUUUUACCUUUACGACAUAUCGGAAGUGGUUCCUGAGCCAGGGAAGCCGGACACCAACUUUAAGCUGAAGGAAAUAUUUCACGAAGAGUUUCGAGGCGCGGUAUCGAGCGUAUGUGAGGUAAGCGGCAGAUUUUUAAUCAGUCAGGGCCAGAAAGUACUAGUGCGCGAUGUACAAGAGGACAAUUCCGUGGUGCCAGUUGCGUUCUUUGAUGUUCCAAUUUUUGUCACUGAUAUAAAGAGCUACGGGAACCUACUCCUCAUAGGUGAUGCAGCUCAGGAGUUCCAGUUUGUAGGCUUUGAUGCUGAGCCCUACCGUAUGAUCCCUCUUGGCAAGAGCGUUUCGAGGCUUGCCACUAUGAGUUUGGAAUUUUUGGUCAACAACGGCGAUGUAAAUUUCCUUGUGUCCGACAGAGACAAUAUUUUGCACGUUCUAAAGUAUGCACCAGACGAACCAAAUUCGUUAUCGGGUCAAAAACUGGUGCACUGCACCAGUUUCAAUUUGCACAGCACGAAUACCUGUAUGAAGCUGCUGUUGAAAAAUAAUGAGUUUGCACAAGCUUCAAGCCUUCCCGAAUACCAGGUUCUUGGAGCCCAGGUCGAUGGAUCUAUUUUCAAAGUUAUGCCUCUCACUGAGAGUAGCUAUAGAAGGUUGUACGUGGUCCAACAGCAUUUGGUCGAAAAAGAAGUACAGAUGUGCGGGUUGAACCCUAAGAUGGAACGUUUGCACAAUAGUUUCUACUCGCUGGGACAUGCAUUGAGGCCCAUGUUAGACUUCACUGUCAUCAAGGACUACUGUUCUUUGCCAAUAAAUAGAAGAAAACAGGUGGCAGCGAAGGCUGGUCGACAAGCCGAUUUUGAAAUAUGGAGGGACUUGAUCAACGUGGAGUACUCUACGAGGUCUCUAUGUCAUUAA